AUGGAUGGUCCGAAUUCCCCUGUUACCGCGUCUUGCAUUUCCCAAGGAGAAAAUGCGAGGCGAGAUAGCAACAAUGAAACCUAUUCUUCUACUAUUGAUUAUGUAUACACCAUCCUGAAAUUGAUCUUCAAUGACUUUCACCUCGGGAAAGAUAGUGUUUUUAAUGAAGAGGAUGCAAAGAACUAUCUAUAUGGUAUAUUUGCUUCUCAAGGCAUUGUAAUGGAAUGGGUCAAACAUAAGGACAAUCAUGGACCAUUUGUCCUCAUGCAUGGUGAUCUUCAACCUCCAAAUAUUUUUGUGGAUGAUGAUCUAAACAUUGUUUCAGUCAUAGACUGGGAGUGGAGCCACACCAUCCCUCUGCAAAUGUUCCUCCCACCCUCCUGGAUUACAGGUCAAGAACUCCCUGCUGCUACCAGAAGACCCUCCACCUUUGCCUUCAAAUAUUAUGGAGAAGACAAGGACCGGAGAGUGGAAAAGUUCUUUAAUCUUGAUCUGAGGAAGCCGCAAGUGGAAGCCUUACAGAAAAUAAUGCUCGAGCUUGAGGCUUUCAAAAAGGAAUUAGCACUGGUAGGACUAGAACCGAUCGAGCCCGACCCCAUUCCAGCUCCCGAACCAGGCAAACAAUCAGAGAACGCGAAGUUCAUGUCCAAGAUGCGUGGCCUCGCAGAUAUCCGUCAAUUAUGCCGACGAUUCGACAUUGCGAUUGGGUCCCUCCCUUGUUGGAUACCUUGGUCGCUGGCUGGUAUCAGCCUCUCUGCAUGCUGCAUCAUGGCCAAACAGCGACAAUGA